UGUUUACUUCCGGUGGUAGAGGUCAGAGUAUAUUUUUCGGGUUUCGGUGUCGUUUUUUUCGUUCUCGUCAAGGUGUUUAUUGUUGUAAAAAAUAGCUUAUUAAUAAUCGAUAAUCAUGUCAGACGAUGAUUUAAUCGGACCUGCCUUACCACCGUCGUUCAGAAAAAGCAGCAAUGAUAAUUCUGAUGACGAGGAAGGAUUUGCAGGUCCUGCGCUGCCUCCGGGAUACAAACCGGAGUUGCUCUCCAGCUCGGAGGAUGACUUCGGCCAAGAGGAGGAGGAGGUGAUCAAGAGACGAAGCAAGACGAGCAGCAGACACGGUCACGGCAGCGGGACGACCAGGGAUGGAUCCACCGCAGAAAAACAGCACAGGGUUGAAGAGGCGGUGAGUAGAAGGCUUGAGGAUGAUGACGAUGAUGAUGAUGGUUUCUUCGGACCAGCUCUUCCUCCUGGGUUCUCAAAGCCACAGGCUUCACCAGAGAGGCCAGGUGUAUUGGGACCAGCCUUACCCCCAGGAUUUCACAGACCGGCCUCUGAUGAAGAUGAUGAUGAUGGUGAGGAUGAUUUCCUCUGCCAGCCCUGCCACCGGGCUACACAGCAGAACCCUCCAGCGGUGAUGAAGAGGAGGAUGAAGAGGUGAUCGGACCCAUGCCUGCUCUUGGUGCCAUCCGGGACUCCGUGGCUCUGGACAUCGAACGCAGAGCUCAGAAGAUGAAGGACAGACUGACAGGAGCAGAUGUGAGAACCUCACCG